AUGUGCUGUUCAGCAGAAUGCAAUGAACUAUCGGAGAUGAUUGCGGAUCUCUCGGAAUCCUUUCCUACCCUUUACCGCGGCUGGCUGCCUCGCAGUCAGGUUCGUGCAGCGCUAGAAAAGGUUGGAUUCACCCUCUCCAGUGGUGACUUUCGAUGUCUUGUCGAAGAAGAAUUUAUGCGACCUGGAUGCGACCAUAUCUGCGUGGAUACGCUGAUCGAAAUUAUUAAAGUGCUGAAGGCAAGUCAGGAUAAGCAUCAGCUAGUUGAAAAGAAGAAGGAACUUCGAGAUCGGGCUGAUUUAAGAGUUUAUGAGACUGAGAUGCAGGAAAACUCUACAACCACGGCGAAGCAUUCGGUGAGCCCAGCCGAGGAGAGGGCAUUCAUUGAUUGGAUAAACCGUUUACUAGGUCGUGAUCAAGACCUCAAACACCAUCUGCCCAUAGACUACAAUGUUGAUGGACAGCUGUACGAGCGGUGUCGCGACGGUCUUCUGCUCUGCAAACUCAUAAACGCCGCUGUACCUGACACCAUCGAUGAGCGUUGUAUCAAUAAAACCCCCACGAAGCCAAAUAUAUUCAAGAUAAACGAGAACCUUACACUGGCAGUAAACUCAGCUGAGUCCAUUGGAUGCUGUGUAGUCAACGUUGGCCCAGAGGACAUUGAACAAUGUGCCCGCCACCUAGUACUCGGUCUUAUCUGGCAAAUAAUUCGCAUCGGCUUGUUGGGUAUGAUCUCAAUCCAGCAUCAUAGCGAGCUUAUCGACUUGUUGGAGCCUGGUGAGACUGUAGAUAAUUUGCGUCUGCUUUCCCCGGAGGACUUGCUUCUCCGUUGGGUAAAUUUCCACCUCGAAAUGGCCGGCAAUACGCACAGAAUGACAAAUUUUACAUACGACGUCAUCGAUUCCGAGAUUUACGCCACUUUACUCCAACAAAUCGCUCCGGAAGAUAAGCAGUCAUUUCUCAUACCAGUAACUGGCAUUAUGGCCGAGAGCAAUAUGUACUGUCGCGCUGAAAUGGUUCUUGAAAACGCAGAAUUCCUUAAUGCAGCUGCCUUUAUCUCACCUGAGGAUAUUGUGAAUGCAGCAGAACGCGGAAUGGCUCGCGAUAAACUUCAUCUAGCCUUUGUGGCUAACCUCUUCAAUCUCUACCCAGGUUUGAAGUCGAAACCGCCCGUAGACGUUCCAGAAACACUAGAAGAGAAAACCUAUCGCAACUGGAUGAAUUCAAUGGGCGUUGCACCGUUCGUGCGUGACCUAUCUAGCGACUUACGAAGCGGCCUCAUAUUUUUGCAACUCCUAGAUGUCUUGGAGCCCGGAACUGUAGCCUGGAAAAAGAUUGUUCGUGUAUUUGAUCCAAAGCGUCAGAUAUUUCAAAUGCAAGACAACUGUGCUUACGUCGUUGAGUACGCGAACUUACUGAAUGUCAACGUAGUUAAUUUGAGCGGUGAAGAUUUGCGAAAUGCAGAGAGAAAACUGACGCUAGGACUUACCUUUCAAUUGAUGAGAGCCUAUACUAUGAAGAUGCUCUCCGGGCUACAUCAGUGUUUUGGUCACCUUUGCGAAAAGGACAUUCUUGAAUGGGCAAACGAGAAACUGAUCUCCGUGGGGGCUCCGAUGCUUGCCAGUUUCCGCGAUUCCACAAUCUCAAAUGGGGUACCAGUAAUGAAUCUCAUCAAUGCAAUCAAACCUCAUUCCAUUGACAAGUCGAUGGUGCUAAAAGAUAAGUUGGCGAACUGUCGAAUUGCAAUCAGCACAGCGCGCAAAAUUGGGGCUCGGGUUUACGCCCUUCCAGAACAUUUGAGAGACGUGAAUCCAAAGAUGGUCAUGACGGUUUUUGCUUGCCUGAUGGCCCUUGACAUACAACUCAACGGGGCACCGUAA